AUUCCUGAGAGCAGGGCCAGCUAGAGCAACAAAGGAGCCCGGUCGGCGGCGGGGAGAGCGCGGGGGGCUCGCGCAGAGGGCUCGCGCGGAGGUGGCUGCUGGGCCUCGGCCAGGCGCGGGGGCGGAGCCGGGGACUGACUCCCGCACCACCCCCAGCCCUCGCCUGGCCUCCAUCGCGGGGCCGGGAGUGGGCUUUAAUGGCGGGAGACAGAAUGGGGCUGGAGAUCGGGGGCCCACGGGGCUCCCAGGGCUGAAGACAACUCCGACCGCCGAGCGAGGGAGUCGGGAGUCCGCGCAUCCUGGCCCGGGCCUGCGUCGCCCAACAUGGGCCCCUGGUUCCAAAGUUUGCGAAGUUGGGCGCCGAGGGGCCGGGACCCGCGCAGCGCCUGGGGAAAGCCGGCCCCAGACUCGCCAAGCGCCCGCGUCGUCUGAGUCUCCUCCGCUGCCCCCCAGGGUCGUGUGCGUGGUCCGGUGGCUCCCGGGAGCGCGCGGGGGCGCCCCGGCUUCUGCUGAGUUGGCGGGUUCGCCAUGGCCGCUGCCCACCCCGCGCGGGGGCCCGAGCUGGCGCUCCCGAGGCUGCUGCGAUUGCUGCUGCUGGUGCUGCUGGGGGGCCCGGGCCGGGGGGCGGCCUCGAGCGGGAACGCGACUGGGUCUGGGCCUCGCAGCGCCGGCGGGAGCGCGAGGAGGAACGCGGCGAUGACCAGCCCUCCGCCACCGCUGCUGAGCCACUGCGGCCGGGCCGCCCACUGCGAGCCUCUGCGCUACAACGUGUGCCUGGGCUCCGCACUGCCCUACGGGGCCACCUCCACGCUGCUGGCUGGGGACUCAAACUCUCAGGAGGAAGCGCACGGCAAGCUUGUGCUCUGGUCGGGCCUCCGAAAUGCCCCUCGUUGCUGGGCAGUGAUCCAGCCCCUGCUGUGUGCUGUGUACAUGCCCAAGUGUGAGAAUGAACGAGUGGAGCUGCCCAGCCGUACCCUCUGCCAGGCCACCCGAGGCCCCUGUGCCAUCGUGGAGAGGGAGCGGGGGUGGCCUGACUUCCUGCGUUGUACACCUGACCACUUCCCUGAAGGCUGCCCGAAUGAGGUCCAGAACAUCAAGUUCAACAGUUCAGGCCAAUGUGAAGCACCCUUAGUGAGGACGGAGAACCCCAAGAGCUGGUAUGAAGAUGUGGAGGGCUGCGGGAUCCAGUGCCAGAACCCUCUCUUCACAGAAGCAGAGCACCAGGACAUGCACAGCUACAUUGCAGCCUUUGGUGCAGUCACCGGCCUCUGUACCCUCUUCACUCUGGCCACCUUCGUGGCUGACUGGCGGAACUCAAAUCGCUACCCUGCAGUUAUUCUCUUCUAUGUCAAUGCGUGUUUCUUCGUGGGCAGCAUUGGCUGGCUGGCCCAGUUCAUGGAUGGUGCUCGCCGAGAGAUUGUCUGCCGAGCAGAUGGCACCAUGAGAUUUGGGGAGCCCACCUCCAGUGAGACCCUAUCCUGUGUCAUCAUCUUUGUCAUUGUGUACUAUGCUCUGAUGGCUGGGGUGGUCUGGUUCGUGGUCCUCACCUAUGCCUGGCACACCUCCUUCAAAGCCCUGGGCACCACCUACCAGCCUCUUUCAGGCAAGACCUCCUAUUUCCACCUGCUCACAUGGUCACUGCCCUUUGUCCUCACUGUUGCAAUCCUCGCUGUGGCCCAGGUGGAUGGAGACUCCGUGAGUGGUAUCUGUUUUGUGGGCUACAAGAACUACCGGUACCGUGCUGGCUUUGUACUGGCCCCCAUUGGCCUGGUGCUUAUUGUAGGAGGCUACUUCCUCAUCCGAGGAGUCAUGACUCUGUUCUCCAUCAAGAGCAACCAUCCUGGGCUGCUGAGUGAGAAGGCUGCCAGCAAGAUCAACGAGACCAUGCUACGCCUGGGUAUUUUUGGCUUCCUGGCCUUUGGCUUUGUGCUCAUCACCUUCAGUUGCCACUUCUAUGACUUCUUCAACCAGGCCGAGUGGGAACGUAGCUUCCGAGACUAUGUGCUGUGCCAGGCCAAUGUGACCAUUGGGCUGCCUACCAAGAAGCCCAUCCCUGACUGUGAGAUCAAGAAUCGCCCUAGCCUCCUGGUGGAGAAGAUCAACCUGUUUGCCAUGUUUGGAACUGGCAUUGCCAUGAGCACCUGGGUCUGGACUAAGGCCACACUGCUCAUCUGGAGGCGCACCUGGUGCAGGUUAACUGGGCAGAGCGAUGAUGAGCCCAAGCGAAUCAAGAAGAGCAAGAUGAUUGCCAAGGCUUUCUCUAAGCGGCGUGAGCUGCUGCAGAACCCAGGCCAGGAGCUCUCCUUCAGCAUGCACACUGUCUCACAUGAUGGACCUGUGGCGGGUUUGGCCUUUGACCUCAAUGAACCUUCAGCUGAUGUCUCCUCUGCUUGGGCCCAACAUGUCACCAAGAUGGUGGCUCGGAGAGGAGCCAUACUGCCCCAGGAUGUGUCUGUCACCCCUGUAGCAACUCCAGUGCCACCAGAGGAACAAGCCAAUCUGUGGCUAGUUGAGGCAGAGAUCUCCCCAGAGCUAGAGAAGCGCCUGGGCCGGAAGAAGAAGCGGAGGAAGAGGAAGAAGGAAGUGUGCCCUCUGGGGCCAGCCCCUGAGCUUCACCACCCUGCCCCAGCCCCCAUCACCAGUGCAGUUCCUCGGCUGCCUCAGCUGCCCCGGCAAAAGUGCCUGGUGGCUGCAAGUGCCUGGGGAACAGGGGAGCCCUGCCGACAGGGAGCCUGGACCCUGGUCUCCAACCCCUUCUGCCCAGAGCCUAGUCCCCAUCAAGACCCAUUUCUCCCUGGCACCUCAGCCCCCAGGGCCUGGGCUCAGGGUCGCCUCCAGGGACUGGGAUCCAUUCACUCUCGCACCAACCUGAUGGAGGCUGAGCUCCUGGAUGCAGACUCGGACUUCUAAGCCUGCAGGGCAGGCCGUGGGACAGGAAAAAUGAAUGCAUACCCUUCCAUGGCUCUUUUUCCUGAGAGCACUCCUGGGGGCUCAUCUGCCAGAGAAGCUGUGGGCCAGGCGUAGACCUAGAAGAGUUCUGUGUGUCUGACUCAAAAUAGCAGGACUGUGGGAAUGAGCUGAAUGUAGCCACUGGUAGGCCUCAUGCUAGGGGCAGGGCCCUGCAGCUCAGGGUCUUUGUUUCUGCCCCACCAAUUGGAGUCUGGGUGGCAGUAUCAGUCCCCAGCAGAGCUUGUACUAGGGCGGGAAUGGCAGAGGCAAGGGUGACAGUACCCAGAGUGGGUUUUGGUGGCCAGGGAGGCAACCAAACCCCAUAUCUGGCAUCUGAGGGCUAGUUGCCUUUUUCUGUGCCAAUGGGUGCCCUUUUCUGGCACUCUCAGACCAAAAGUGUUUAUUGUGAUUUGUCCUUUGUCUAAGUGGGGACAGGAUUCCCUCCUUUCUCUUCCAAGUGGUUGUGAUGCUAGAAGUGCCUAUUCCCAUAAGGGCCAUAACCUCUCAACAGAUGGCCCUAUCUGAAACCCAUUGUUUUCAUGUACCCACCCCUUUCAAAUCUCAGUUCCACUAGACCAAUCUCUUCUUGCUUCCUGUUUGUUGAUUAACACCCCCAAACUGCAGCAAACACACACAUCCUGAGCUCUGUCUCCAAGUGAGAGACUGGUUGGGCUCCAGAGCCUUUGCUUGGCAUCUAGUAGAAGGCAGAUAAGAGCCAGCAGGCCUCUGAGAGACACGUUUCUUCCUCAUAUUCAUCCAGUGGGGAUGAACCCUCUGACUUAAGGGGCUAUCCUGGGAAGCUGCUGUAGCUUUAACCAGGCAAGAAAGCCUCCUCCAACUAAUACAACUGGUGGGAGGGGAGAUUCCCUACCUUUUCCAGUGACUAGCCAUGUCCCCAGUGCCCCAUGUUCAAGAACCAGACAGCAGGAAGCCUUAGAAGCAGGCUGGGUUCCAGGUCAGGGGAUCCAUAUGGGAAGAAAAAGUAUAAACAGUAAAUAAAACAUUUUUGUGUAA